AUGGCCGGUUCCACAAGCCUUGCUGACUUUAAGCAGCUUGCGCUGCUUGGUGAAGGAGCUUAUUCCGCCGUUUACAAGGUUCUCCGGUUGGCGGACAACGAGAUCUAUGCCUUGAAGAAGGUCAAGCUCCCGUCUCUAUCCGACAAGGAGAAACAGAAUGCCUUGAAUGAGGUCCGGUUGCUUGCAUCUGUCAAGCACCCAAACGUCGUCGCUUACAAGGAGGCGUUUUGGGACGACAAGACCCGGUGUCUGUGCAUCGUGCAGGAGUGUGCAGAUGGCGACCUCCUUCAGCAGAUCAAUAAAUGCAAACAGGAACGCGCCUACCUGCGCGAGGCCGACGUGUGGCGAUACCUCGACGGGAUGUGCCAAGGCCUCAAGGCCUUGCACGACAUCCGGGUGUUACAUCGCGACAUGAAGUCCGCGAAUGUCUUCCUGAGUCACACGAAGGAUGGGACCGUUGCAAAGCUUGGAGACUUCAACGUCUCGAAGGUUGCGAAGCGCGGUCUUUGCAUGACUCAAACGGGCACGCCUUACUACGCAUCUCCCGAAGUUUGGCGAGACAUGCCCUAUGACGCGAAAAGUGACAUGUGGUCUUUGGGCUGUAUCCUGUACGAGAUGGUGGCGUUGCGACCUCCUUUCCGUGCAGAGGAUAUGGAGGGGCUGUAUCGUAAAGUUGUGCGUGGGCAGUACCCACGAAUACCUGCACAUUACAGCCAGGACCUUGCGGAUGUGAUCGCAGCUCUUCUUCAGGUCCAUCCUCGGAAUCGCCCAGCUGUGGACCAGUUAUACCAAAUGCCUCAAAUGGCUCGUCAUUGCAAUGGACUCCCUCACGAGGAGAAGUUCACAUCUGACCUGUUGUCCACCAUCAAGCUUCCGAAGAACGCCAUAGAUCUCGGCGGAUGCCUUCCCAAGCCACGCUACCAGAUGGAUUUGCGCGAGGCGCUUCUUCCUGAAGAGUCUGACCGUUUUGACACGGACAGUCCUGCAGAACGCCAAGCAGGGCGCAGCCGGUUGGGAUCUGCGCAAGCUCAAGGCCUUCCUCCGAUACCUCCUGCGCGGGGCACCCGGAACCUUGGAAGCGCGGGGGGCGCAUCUGUGGCUCGUGAGGAAGCUGGAGAUAGCCUUGACAUCUAUAUGCAGCGUGCUGAAGGGAGGGACGAGACAAGCACCAGCCGUGCAGUGCCUCGGCGGGACAUGACCGGAUCUCGUCCCGAAAGCGAUGCGAGCAGCGUUGCUCCCUAUCAGGUUGGCAAUGUCGGACGCCAGCCCAGGCUACCAGCUGUCGGAGAAUCUCGAGGAGUCACCUUGAACCCUCAUUACAACGUGGGGCAGAAGCAGCUACCCAAGUUUCUUGGAAACGGAUUCCAAGCAGCGGCAAAGCUUUGCGAAG